AUGAAUACAAACAACGAAUCUCAAGAAGAAUUAAUUAUACUUGUCAGUGCUAUAUUUAGUAUGAUAUCAUGUAUAAUGUCUAUUUUGGCAACAACAACAUCUGGAUGGCAAAUAGAUAGUUAUCAUAAUAAAACAGGUCUAUUUCAAACAUGUUAUAAAGAUAAUUGUACAAGUGUAAGAGAAAAACAUAAUAUAUCAAUAGUAUUUGCUAUUAUUGGACAAUGUUUUAUUAUAUUUGGUAUAAUUAGUUCAUUUAUAAAUGUAUUUAUUUAUCGACGUCGAAUAGGUUUAAUUCUAAUAACAAUUUUCUUUUUUCUUGCUUCAUUAUUAUUAUGGAUAACAGUUUUAACAAUAAGUUCAUAUUUAUUUAUGAAUGGUGGUAGUGCUAUUAUUUUUAAUGCAGCUAUAGCUUUUUCAUUAUUUGCUACAUUUACAGCAUCAUAUGGAUUAGGUGUAUCUUUUGCAUUACAUAAUAAUCAUAUUCAUCCUCGAAUACCUAUUACAUCUAUAAAAUACAAUCAAAUAGCGAUGCCAUUUGAAUUAUAUCGGCAUGUGUCAACAUCAUCAUAA